ACUUCGCAUUACUCUCUUUCAACGCUCGUUUUCUAAGCCCUAGCUUCAAAAAUCUCAAGAUUAAUUCCUCAAUUUAACCUGCAAUUUACAUUUUGGUAGUUUUUAGAACCUUUUGUAACGUAGAUCGUUCUGUAGGUUGAGCUUCUGUACAAAUUUCUUAGCAAUUCGUAGAUUUGUACGUAAAUUUUGCCGAUUUAUUUUGUCGUGUGGUUAAAUUUCUAUCCAUUAGCUACAACUAGGUCCGUGCGAUGAGUUCACGAGCGAGGUACCCGCCGCCGGGUAUGGGAGGAGGCAGAGGAGGCUCCGGCGGAGGUGGAAUGAACCAGUACGGUGGAGGUGGGAGUGGGAUGAACCAGUACGGCGGUGCAAACCCUAAUUUUCAACCUAGAUUUUACAAUCAACAGUAUGUGCAGAGGAGUCAAACGCAGAACUUUCAGAAUAAUCAAUCGAUGCAAAACCCUCAGCCGCAGCAAUGGCUGCGAAGGACGCCGCCAGCGGACUCCUCCGCUGAUGAGGUUGAGAAGACUGUACAGACAGAAGCUAUUGAUUCGAGUUCGCAAGAUUGGAAAGAACGAUUGAAAUUACCCCCACCAGACACCCGAUAUAGGACUGAGGAUGUUACAGCUACCAAAGGAAAUGAAUUUGAGGACUACUUUUUGAAGCGUGAGCUACUAAUGGGAAUAUAUGAGAAGGGUUUUGAAAGACCAUCUCCUGUCCAAGAGGAGAGUAUCCCUAUUGCUCUCACGGGAAGUGAUAUAUUGGCCAGGGCCAAAAAUGGAACUGGGAAAACGGCUGCCUUUUGCAUUCCUGCUUUGGAGAAAAUUGAUCAAGAUAAGAACUGUAUUCAAGCUGUUAUUCUUGUCCCAACCAGAGAAUUGGCUCUUCAAACGUCACAAGUAUGUAAAGAACUUGGGAAGCACUUACAAAUUGAAGUCAUGGCUACUACCGGUGGAACUAGCCUAAAGGAUGACAUAAUGCGGCUGUAUCAGCCAGUUCAUUUACUUGUUGGGACUCCUGGAAGAAUUCUUGAUCUUUCUAGAAAGGGGGUUUGCCACUUGGAUGAGUGCAAUAUGCUUAUAAUGGAUGAGGCAGAUAAGCUUUUGUCUCCGGAGUUUCAGCCUUCUAUCGAGGAGUUAAUUAGCUUCUUGCCUACAAAUCGUCAGAUCCUUAUGUUCUCCGCCACAUUCCCUGUCACUGUAAAAAACUUCAAAGAUCGAUACCUACGUAGGCCCUAUAUCAUCAACCUCAUGGACGAGCUAACCCUGAAGGGUAUAACCCAAUUUUAUGCGUUUGUGGAAGAAAGGCAGAAAGUUCACUGCCUCAACACACUCUUUUCUAAGCUUCAAAUUAACCAGUCAAUCAUUUUCUGCAAUUCCGUGAAUAGAGUUGAGCUUCUUGCCAAGAAAAUCACUGAACUUGGGUAUUCAUGUUUCUAUAUUCAUGCUAAAAUGCUCCAAGAUCAUCGCAACAGGGUAUUCCAUGACUUCCGUAAUGGUGCCUGCAGAAAUCUAGUUUGCACUGAUUUAUUUACAAGAGGUAUAGAUAUUCAAGCAGUUAAUGUUGUCAUCAAUUUUGACUUCCCUAAGAAUUCUGAAACGUAUUUACACAGGGUUGGUCGAUCUGGAAGGUUCGGGCACCUUGGUUUAGCUGUGAAUCUGAUCACAUACGAGGAUCGAUUCAACCUGUAUAGAAUUGAGCAAGAACUAGGGACUGAGAUAAAGCAGAUACCUCCACAUAUAGAUCAAGCUAUAUACUGUAUGUGAGAUGUGGUUGUGUCAUCGGCUAUCAUGGUUGGAAUGGGGUAAAGCUGCGACAUUUGUCGUCUUUCUAUAGCAGCGACGUUUGUCCCACUAUGGAACUUGCGCGUUCAAUCAAUUGCCCAUCGGAGAUUUAUCCUAAAUCGUAUCUUAUUAUUUGUCACAGAAGACUUGCUUAAAAGUUUGAGCUCUAUGUCAGGACCUGCUUUUCUGUAUGUUCAAUCCCUAAUAAAAAUAUUUACUUCGUCUCUGUUAACAACGUUACUGGUUAUUUUUCUUAAUCAGCAGUAUCUCUUUUCUUGUUUUUCCA